AUGAAUCUCCUAGGCUCCGCUUCAUUCCGGCGACUCUCUUCGUCCUCCCGGAUUCUAUCAUACUCCGUCGCUCGGCGUAACUUUAUAGCGUCAGCCAGACAAGCGGACAAACCGACACUGUUACCACGGUCAUUGGAAUUUACUGAAAAGUCUUCAUUAUCUCACGAUGGAAAACCAUCCAAGCCAAACUUGUUUCAGAUCAUCUUUGAGAGCGUGGGCAACUCCCAUCUCGCACAGGAUGAGCUAUACUUGCUUUCCAAAACCCGAAAUCUAAAGCUGCCCUAUGCCUACUUGCGCGACACAUGCCUUUGUCCAUUGUGUAAAGACCCACACUCUAAGCAGAGGUCUUUCCGAACGGGUGAUAUUCCCAAAGAUAUACGUCCACGAUGGAUCAGAUGGGAUGGAGAACAUUUAUCAAUCAAAUGGGCCAACGAUAUUCCUGGGUACGGGUCCGAUCAUGAAUCCGUCUGGAGGCACGACUUCUUGAAGAACCCCAUAGUGGACACUCAUGAUCAGCGGCCGCUCUCCGGAAAAGCCCCCACGAAAUGGUCACGGCAAACGAUGAGCGAGAAUCAACAUUGGAUUUCGUUCGACGACUACAUCAACCAUGAUGCCAAGUUUGCAGCAGCAAUGCAAAGCUUGAAGCGCAUGGGCCUGAUCUUCGUCGAAGACAUUCCCCAGUCUCGGGAGAUGGUCGAGAAGGUUGCCACACGCAUGGGCCCACUACGCAACACGUUCUACGGAUCAACAUUCGACGUGCGCACCGUUCCGGAGGCGAAGAAUGUAGCCUACACCAACCAAUUUCUUGGAUUUCAUAUGGAUCUGAUGUAUAUGAACGAGCCGCCGGGAUAUCAACUUCUCCACUGUCUGGAGAAUUCUUGCUCGGGAGGGGAGUCCCUUUUUGCAGACGCAUUUCGGGCGGCAGCUUUGAUGAAGGCAGAGCAUCCCGAAGAAUAUCAAUUACUGUGUGAUCAGCGGUUGGGCUAUGAGUAUAAGCAUGACGAUCAUAUAUACCACAACAAACGACCUAUCUUUGAGAUUGAUCCCCGAACAAAUGAUCUUCUGCAUGUCAAUUACUCGCCACCCUUCCAAUCUGCCAUACCAUCGCCCGAUGGAAAAGACCAUGAUCCCAAAUUUGUGAGAGAGCUGCAAGCGGCCAUCAAUCUGUUUACUAAGCAACUUGAUUCGAAGAGCGCCAUCUUUGAACUGAAACUCAAGCCGGGCGUGUGUGUCAUUUUUGACAAUAGACGUGUUGUUCAUGCCCGCCGCCAAUUCAACGCUAGCGAAGGAUCUCGGUGGCUAGCAGGGGCAUAUGUUGACACUGAUGCGCUCUUGUCUUGCUUUGCUGUUUCUAAGCGAAACCAUCCCCAGGCCUGGCUGUGA